GAAGAGAACUGCAGCAUUUGUGAAGUACCCCUGACAGCCGAGCAGUCCCUCCUGAGAGGGAAAAUUGCUCCACGUUAAGAGUGCGAUUGGAAAAGCCACGGGCAUUGCACAGGCAUGGUGUGCUCUGUCAGGACAGCGGGACGCAGCUGGAAGUGAGCUGUGCAACGAUAAUCUGAGACACACUUUGAAGUGAGUGAGAACGCAGUGAUGACUGAGUAACACUAAACCCUGAUCCAUCUUCGCUGCCACUGCCUACGAGCUACGGAGAUGAAAAAGCCUGAUAAAAUGUUGUCGAGGGCAGGAGCAAUGUGUCCAGGAGAAAGAAUCAAUUCUGUAAGUAAUGUCCCACAGAGACAUCCAACCCAACUUUUAACAGCCAUCUGAAUCUUGGCAUUGUUCCCUGUGUCAAACUUCCUCUCAUCCACAACACGCUGCCCUAGUUUAUAGAGGAGUUAUACUGUUGACAAGUUUGUCUUCCUACUUCUUUCUCCUCCACUGCAUUCCUGUUUUAUGCUUCUUAUAAAAUGUGUGCUCCUAAGAGCUCAGUUCACACCUGAAGAAUUACCAGUAUUGUUAAACCCAGCGCUGGUGAUGAAUCCACAGAUCUGGAGCGGUGGUGUUAAUGGGCAAAGUGUGUACAUGUGAACCACUCAGUUUGACUUCCUCUAGCAAAAAUAAACAUAAUGGAGCCAGGACCAACCCUUUUAAUAGCUUUGAUCUCUUAACCGGCCUUGGUGAGAUUUAGGCAAAACAAAGGGAGGCACAAAAGAUUAGUUUUAUAAAAAGGUCAUCUUUGAUGCAGUUAGGUAAUGUAAUCCAAUUCAGGGGGGAGCUUGGAGCCGUGCUGUUUCUUUCAAAAGCUGGUGGCCCUGACUUCCUCACUUGCUGAGAUCCCAGAUAUCUGUUUUGUUGUUUUUUUUUGCACUUGAGAUAUGAAAUAACACUGAUAACCAGAGGACAAGAUAGGAUGAGUUAGAUAACUUUAAGUUGAGUUUUUCAGCUGGUUGGUUCAAACUGAGCUCACUUUGAUAUUCUCAAAAUAGGCACACAUAUCUGAUGCCUGUGUGAAGAGGAAUAGUGCGUAAAACGUGUCUGAACAAUCUAUGCCUUGCCAAGCAGGACUAACUGAAAUAUAUCACAACAAUGCACACAAUACACAGAUAGCCUAAAACUACUUGAUGAGGGGGUUUAGCCAAAGAUCUCUAAACCGUCUCUGGUUUAGCCUAAGGCUCCAGGGUGAAUAAGUAAGACAAAAAGGAAAUGUACUGAGUGUGUGCGCAAGAGAGACAGAGAGGAGGGAGGAAAGCAGAACAUAAAUCUGAAUUAAGAGUCAAAUGAGACAUGCUGCAGAAAACUACACAGUGAAUACAUGAGAACAACAAACAUGCCGUAAUCUUACCAAAAAUAAACUUCAGACAGGAAGCGCUGCGCACCAAAGCUGGUCAAGUCAUGUCUCCUUCACUCAGCUAUACUGGAUUAAGCCUGUUACCUCACCGGGGAAGGAUUCACCUGACUGGGAGGACUGGUAAGAGAUGUCGACAGCGCUGGCAGAGACUUUAUGCUAAAAUCGCCUCUAUAGUUUCUGCAAAUACUCCCAUUGUUCCCACCCACUCUGCCACAGCUCCCCUCCCUGCGUUGAACACAUCUAACUCGUGGCUUUUACAAAAACUAAGAAGAAACGAGACGUCAUGCCUCCUCCUUCUCUUCUUCUUCCUCCGGGCGGAGACUGUCCUUUCUCCUGAGGCUUGACUUUCAACUUUACACCUAACCUAAGGAUGUACGUCCACCACUUGGUCCAGGAGAUGAAUAAUAAUGCGAUCCGAACACGCCCAUCCUCCUCCAAAAAGUGCUGAAUUCAACUAUGCAGCCUUGACGUUAUCCGCCAACAACUUGCCACCACCACAAUGGUUAUAUUUUGCCAGUUUAACGUUAACUUCAACCGUCGCACCCAGUUAUUUUUUUGUAACGGUUUCUUCUAACGGGUUGAGUUAUUUCACAUGGCUUAUUUUGUUGGCAUUCAUUUACAAACGCAAAGUAAAUACACGGAUAGAAAAAAAGGAGUAUAAGGUGCUAUACGUGCCAAUACAAUAUAACGGUUCACUACUGGAUGGAGAUAACAACAAACUGCCUCAAAAAUCCUUUCUCCAGGAAAUACGUCACGUUUAGAGCCGACUGGACUGACGCGUAUGCUUGAUUUGUUACACCGUGGUCGUUGAAAGGGGCGGGGUGACUGUAUUAUGUAGCCCGAAGCAGGAAUACAUUUACCUAAGGUCACGUUUAUCCGCUUUUUAUUCGACAUUAACGGUUUACCUUCUAAAGCAGGUAGAAUACAUGAAUACGUGGUAUGAUAUUAAAUAUAAAUCCAUGAUUUAUAACAGUAAAAAGUAUACUUUUAUACAAGGAAAUUAUAUUUAACGACAAAGCCUCGAUUAAUGUUUGUAUAACGCACCGGCUGAACAAAGCUUUGCCAGUCCAAACCAGUUAACCAAAUCGGGUUAACCAGCCGUGACAGUGUCGACCUACGUUGAUGUCACAUCUGAGUAAAAGCUCCACAACAAUCUGUUUCCGAAGAGGUGUACUUUUGUUUUACGGUGAGAUAAGUGGGUAAAAUGACGUGUAUAGUAGUACUGUUUAAACAUUAACGUUAAGAAUACAUGUGUCCACUUAAAGCUCCAUUGUUUGACGUUGGGUGCUCCUGAAGUCAGGAUGGCAGAGGUACUGUAGGCUAGGCUACCAAUGUGUCUUCAUAUCGCCCCGUCAUCUUGCGUUGCAGAACACCUCCUGUAACUUGCAGGAUGGACUUUCGCGGCAGGAGGCAUGAGCGAGGCAGCAACUGGACUGACCCGGAGAUAGUGGAGCUGCUCCAGCUGUGGUCCGAUGAGUCGGUCCAAAUUGAAUUGGAGAGCUCAUUGCGCAACCAGCGUGUAUUUGACCGCAUAGCCCACAUCUUGCGCGAAAAGGGCAUUUACCGUACCGGUGACCAGUGCAGGGAGAAAAUCAAAAAGAUGAAGCUGGAGUACCGCCGCAUUAAGGACAAUCACAAAAUGAGGUCUUGGAAGUUCUAUGAUGUGAUGGACAGGGUGCUGGCCAACCGGCCGGCUAUCACCUACUCCUCCUUGGGCGGAGCUGUCAUAGCUCAACAGGUGUUUCAGUGCCCAGGUGGGCCUGAGGCAUACCUGCAAGGAGUUCCAGCCGGCACCUUUGGUCCUGCCUCCUCAGGUGGGUUUCUGUUUGGUCAGCCUCCAAAACCUGGAGAUUCACUGGAUAUUAAAUGUGAACAUGUUGAGGAGAGCCUGCUGAAUUCAGGUGUCGCUCCCCCCGAGAUGUACUAUGGAUCUGAAGAUGACCAGGAAACUGAUGGCCAGUCUCUACCGGGGCCAGACGACCCUCUGGGUCAUGGACAGAGCUCAACAAAUGCGAGAAUCUCACCUUCAGGCUUUAGUGACCUGAACAUUGCCGGUUCAGCCACAGCUGUCAGCCAGGCUUUUGGUAGUCCUGGGCCACAGGACACAUCAGAGGGGCCCGGUAAGAAGGUUUCUCGUCCCCCAACCUCUGUGAGACAGAGGAAGCGUCGCCUGGGCGGCAAGACAUCGUGGAGCUAUGGGGGUGCUAGAUGCGUUGGCCAAAGAAGCCUGGAUAAAGCCUUGGCCAGCUUCCUGAAAUGGCAGCAGUCAGCGGAGGAGCGCCUCCUCUCCCUGGAGGAGGCGCGGCUGGAGAGAGAGCUGCAGGCUGAGGAGCGCUGGGAACAGCGGGAGGAGAGGAGGGCGGAGCAGGAGCGCCAGCAUGAGCUCCGCCUGUUCAGCAUGCUGACAGGGGUGUUGGUCGCUGUCAGACAGGGCGCUCCGACCGCCGCGACGACACCGACUGACCCCUCCGUCUCACCCCUAGCUCAUCUGUCAGCAUCUCUGAUGACCACGGCCGCCCCCUCUGUCUCGUCCUCUUUAUCUCAGCCGCCUUCCGAGGCUCCCGCUACACAGGCCGUUUCCACUCAGGAGACAAUAGAGUCAACGCCGCCUGCAUCUGUCAAAGCCUUCAAAAUGUCUCCGAGUGUUUCGGCAGCACUGAGAGGUGCAGCCACUCUCGGCCCCAGCGUGUACCUGUCCAACCGUGGUAACAGCAUCCGACAGACUCAAGGCAUUCUCCAGGAGGGCUAUGCCCAAUAUUUAAUGGACAAACACCAUGACACAAAGAACCCUGAUGGCAUAAUCAACAUGGGUACCAGUGAGAACAAACUAUGCUAUGAUGUUCUUGGUAAACGGCUGACCAAGCCUGACAUGCCACAUUUUGACCCAUCCUUGUUGCAGUAUUCAGACUGGAAGGGACACACAUUCCUGAGAGAGGAGGUUGCAAAGUUCCUGACUCACUACUGCUGUUCUCCAAAGCCAUUGAAAGCUAACAAUGUUGUGGUGAUGAACGGCUGUGGCUCCCUCUUCUCGUGUAUUGCAGCAGUCAUUUGUGACCCUAAAGAUGCCAUUCUCAUUCCGACUCCUUUCUACGGCGUUAUCACUGAGGAUCUACAAUUGUAUAGUGAUGUAAAACUCUUCCAUGUUCCUCUGGACUGUGAGGCUGAUGGCAAAGACAGUCGGCCCUUCCACCUUACUGAAGGCAAACUAGAAGAAGGUCUGAAAAGGGCUAAACAAGAGGGUUUGAUCAUCCGAGCGGUUAUACUGAUGAACCCCCACAACCCCCUGGCUGAGAUCUACACGGCGGAUGAGAUGAUUGCCUUCUUGGAGUUUGCCAAAAGAAAUGAGCUCCACUGUAUCGUUGAUGAAGUGUACAUGCUGACGGUCUUUAAUGAAUCUGUCGCCUUUAACAGUGUCCUCGGUAUAGACAGUUUGCCUGACCCACAGAGGACGCAUGUAAUGUGGGGGAUGAGCAAGGACUUUGCAAUGGCAGGAAUCAGAAUAGGCACUCUGUAUACCGAGAACAGAGACCUUGUGGAGGCGUUGGCCCAGCUGGGCGCAUUCCACGGCGUCUCUGGAAACAGCCAGCACCAGGUAGCACAAAUGCUUCAGGACAGAGAGUGGAUCAGCAAGGAAUUUUUGCCUGAGAACAGGCGCAGACUGAAAGCUGCUCACAGUUACCUGACAGGAGAGCUGCAGAGUAUGGGCAUCCCCUUCCUGGACAGACAUGCUGCGCUGUACGUCUGGGCGGACCUCCGAAAGUUUCUCCGAGAGCCGUCGUUUGAGGAGGAGUUGUCUCUGUGGAAGGGUUUCCUCAGACACAAGGUGGUGGUGAGCUGCGGUCAGGCCUUCUGCUGCUCCACGCCCGGCUGGUUCCGCAUUGUCUUCGCAGACCAACAGCACCACCUUCAGCUCGGCCUAAAGCGGAUUAGGGAGGCCUUGAAAGAAAUUGAAGGAAGCCCCGAUUCGCACUCUAUCAAAGAAGCCAGCGAUGAGAGCGAAAAAUCAGAGAAAGAGGACAGUGACAAUUCAGACAAUGCUUCGCUUGUCAAUUCAACGUCAUCACCCGAGAGUAAGUCAUCCGACCAGAUGAUGGAGAAGGAUUGCCCUGUUCCUGACACAGGCCCGCUGGACACUGGGGACUUAGUGUUGCUGGACCGCCAUGCAUCGAAGCCCGACAGUCUGGAUUCUCUGAUUGGCACGCUAAGGAACCAGAUCCACUCCUCCGAUUGGCUGGAGAAAAACACUCCAGAGCUGUCUGCUGGGGAGGACCCACAGAUUCUUGAUGUAUUCAAGGCCCUGCUGCAAAGAGCCAGAAAGUAAGCUUAGGAUAAAGGGGCCCACAUUGUAGCUGUCAAGAGGAAGUACUUCAGCAUCCUUCUUAGUCCCUGUGUUUACGGUUAAAGCUUGACACAAACACCUGACACAAGGUCAAAUCUGAUGCCUAUUUUUGAGUAACCAGGAAAUAUUUGCUGUGAGAAGGCUAAAGAGGAGAGAAGAAGAAAAGUAGAGCAGGCAAGGCCAUGAUGGAAGGACAGGAGCACUUUUCUUUCUGCAUCUCUAGGCCUUAUUUUCAAUCUGCUAAGGGAGAUGGCCUUGUUUUAUUUUUAUUUUUUUUGUUAUCCAGACUGAAAAUAUGUAUGUUUAUUUACUGCAACUCUAAGUGAAUGCCAAAUAUAAUCAACCAAAAGUCACGUUCUAUUCUUCUCUUGAAUAUUCUAAUCUGAAUUGUACAUCUUUAUUAUUUGCUCAUAUGCACUUUAUUGUAUCAGAAUGUAUUGCACUUUCUGUAAAGUUAAUGAUCUGUGAAUAAAGGAAUUCAUUUAUUCUUUA